CACCGUAUAGCAAAUUGCUGGUUGCUGAAGCGCCCAAAUAAUUGCUACACGCUAGUAGUAGUCCUAUUAGGAGACACGUACGUGCUAAGUUUUGUAUCAACUACUAGGUGCGAAAAAGAACUCCUUUAGUUCGUGCGUUUUUUUUGAUGGCGGUGGAUAGCGCAAGACUAGAUUAGUCAAAGUUUCUGUAGUAAGUACUCGUCUUCAGUCUCAUGCUCUAAAGGUUUGACUUUUUGUAAAAAGUAAAAAAGUAAUCGACAAAACAGUUGAAGAAAAUGUCGGUGAAAGCGAUACGCGAGUAUCAUGGCAAAUGCAUGAUUUACAAGAACCUGAAGGCACCGUUCGACAACGCGGAGUACAAAGGUGUCCUGGUCACUCCGUCCCUGUGGCAGAGCUCGGAUAUCCGUACUUAUCACUUCUAUCGUGUUUCUACUGCAUGCCUGUUGGGGAGCAGAGUUAUGGCAUGAUUGUCUGCUCCCCAAGAUUCUGUUUUUGCAUUGAAGUACUUACUUGUAUCACCACCCGCAUGACCACAAAUGUUUUUUUUUCAUAUUGCAUGACACAAAAACAAAACAGAUUUCGCAUGGGAUGAGAUUCUGGCCAAGCAUCCCUGGUUGAAGACGGAAAAGCUGGUUGUGAAGCCCGACCAGCUGAUCAAGCGACGAGGCAAG